AUGUCUUCUACAAUGUCAUCAACCAUUACCACAAGAAGUGCAAAGGACACUUCCAUCUUCGACAGUCCAACCUUCGACAAGGACCUCCGAAUCCACGUCAACCAGGCUGUAGGUUCUGCCUCCAUCUCGCCAGGUGGAAGAGAUGUUGUUCUGGCCUCCCAGCAGGGUCUGCAUAUCAUAGACCUCGACUCACCCUUCUCUCCUCCGCGUCACCUUCGUCAUCAGACUCCAUGGACUCCCGCUGAUGUACAAUGGUCUCCCUUUGCUUCGCGAUAUUAUUGGGUCGUCAGUACCUCGAAUCAGAGAGCUUUGGUGUGGAACCUCGAACUCGCCAGUCUUCAGGCUCCUAUAGAGCACACUUUGCAUGCUCACUCGAGAGCUAUCACUGACAUCAACUUCUCUCCCUUGCAACCUGAUCUACUUGCCACUUGUGCAGUUGAUGCCUUUGUACAUUGCUGGGACUUGCGCGUAUCCGCAAGACCUGUCAUCAGCUUUUCUGACUGGUUCGCUGGUGCCACUCAAGUGAAGUGGAACCGACGAGACCCUCAUAUUGUUGCCUCAUCGCAUGACAAAUACCUACAUAUCUGGGAUGACCGCAAAGGUGCAUUGCCUCUCAAGACCAUCGAAGCUCACACGACAAAAAUCUAUGGCAUCGAUUGGAGUCGCACUGAGGAGACCAAGAUUGUUACUUGUUCGCUUGAUCGGACCAUAAAAGUCUGGGACUAUGAGUUUUCCGAAGUAGAGCCCGAGCGAGUUAUCAAUACGCCAUUCCCGGUAUGGCGAGCUAGACACACUCCGUUCGGUGAUGGAGUACUGGCUAUGCCACAGAGNAGAGACCAUGACUUGCACAUGUAUGACUGCCGGCAAUCGAACGUGACCAAUACACCAGCUCUUACAGAGCCGAACUACCGCUUUACUGGGCAUGAAGAACAAGUCAAGGAGUUCCUAUGGCGAGGACGUGGCAACAUUGACGAGUACUCGGAUGGCCGUGACUUCCAGUUGGUCUCUUGGGGAGCUGAUCACGAAUUGAUCUUGCACCGCAUGGGAGACAAGCAACUUCAGUCUAUCGGAUUCCACAAGGGCAUGCUCACGGAUAAGCCUCCAAAGCUCACCAGGAUCGGUGCCCCCUACAAAUCUUUCAGAGAUCGACCUACAUACUUCAAUACAACGGCUGAGAAUGCUACACAAGGUUCUGAAAUGGUCAAUCCUGGAACCAGCCCUGGAAUGAACAAAGUACCCAUACCUGUCGCAGGCGGUUGGACUGAUAGUGGCCAAAUGAUGACCUAUUCGGGCAUAGAGACUCGCAAUGUCAGACCGCAAGAUAACGGCCUCAUCUCAUGGAUGAAGGGCGUCAAAUUUGGCAAACGCAAGCCGAGCUCACCAGACAGGUUGACGACACGAAGACUAUCCAUCAUUGCCGAUCUACACCAUCCGGAUUCUCAUGGCGUACGUGAGAAUCUGAGUGAUGAGAUCAUCCAUGUGGGCGAGAAGUUCACUCGAGUCACUGUCGAAGAAGCAGACGUGUCUAACAGACAUGUCAAGAUAUCUCUCAAUGGGCCAUGGGCUGCUGCGGACAAACUAGCUUUCAUGCAACUUUGUAUGGACUUCCCUGCCGACUAUCCUGAGAAGUCAGUUCCUUGGUUCCAUCUUGACAAAGCAUCUGCUUUGUCAGAGNNGAGAAAAGUGGCAGAGCUUGAAGGAAAUCUACGCAAGAUCGCAACCGGUUACCUGAUACAUCGUCGAGGGUGCAUCGAAGGUUUCUUGUCCUAUCUGACUGGCGAAAGAGACCUCCAGGAAAGCAUUAGUUGGCUCGGCCUCGGCAGUCAUGACGUAGUUGCACCUGGUGAAGAAGCUGAGAGCUCGAGCGAUGAAGAAGAUGGCUUAUUGGGCGACUUCGGUAGUGGUGGUGAGUCGCAAACAUUAGGAAUGGAAGGAAGUGUGGGAUCAGGCAUCUUUAGCACCAACGCCAACGUGCCUCUACCCAGAACUUGCGGAGCGCUCUGGGCUGCAAACGGUCAACUCGUUUGCUUCAUGCCACCAAAGGAGGAACCUCGUUCGAUUCUACACAAAUUCGCGGUAGACGACCGGAGCCGUAAUCGUGGAAGUCGCGAGAUCUUUGAAGGGUUUGGAAGACUUCAUCCUGGCCAGACAGAGUCGAGGGCCAAAAGCAAGCCUAGCGCUGAAGCAUUCGAGGCCGAUGAUUCAGAUAACAGCUCCGAGUUCUCGAGUUCGAGCUCAUCCUCUGGAUCUGACGAGCCAGAAAUGUUCCUUCGUCGGUUCCAGCCACCAUCUGCCUGGCAUGGUGGUUCUCUGCGAUUUCCACGACUCAAAGGACUCCGAACACAUUCAACUGAGGGCUCGCUACCGACAAGUAAUGGGCUUAACAAGAAGGGAGUCGGUGCUAGAAACAAAGUGCAGAUCAAAGUUCUUGAUAUGGAAAGCUUACUGCCAUCAAAGCGGAGUCUUGCUUCAGAGUACCUCAUCUACGGCGAUGGAGAAACUGUCUGCUCGCACAAUGCUAGGGCCGCUCUUCACCAGGGCUUCACUGAGCUGUCUGAUAUAUGGGAGUUUGUUGGAUUGAUCUUGGCUAAGAAAGUUCCUUUGAGCUUGCUAUCCAUUCCAAGACAAGACACUGAUAUUCGAGUACUGGCGCGUCGGGUGCUUAUGCCGUCGCAGAGAAAUGACAGCGGGCUUGACCUAUCAUUUGACGAGCCGGAAGCCGUACUUUACCCACAAGAAACAACUCUGAUCAAAUGGGGCACUCAUCCAUUCGCUGGAUCUUGGCUCAUCGAUACACUGUUCACGUACUUCGAGAAUCUGGCAGACGUUCAGAUGCUGGGAAUGCUCUCGUGCAUAUUCGCACAAUCCUUGUCUCCAGAUGACCAACGUCCUAUCUACGAGAACUUUCCGCAAUCGAUGAGCUGCGCUGCCCAGCUUUUCGACUACUUCCCCAGCAAAGAGACAGCUUUUGGGUUCUAUGAACCGAUCAUCUCUGUCUCCGAUCUAUCCAACAAACAUCGAAGAUCAGGAGCUGGGCUCACAUCUGCUGGAGAUUCGUUCCACGACAUCCGAGAGCAAGUCGCAAGCGAGCCCGUCACACCCUUCUACAACGAUAAUACUCCUCCAAUGCCGCUUUCAAGAGCUAGCACACACCGCUCCAGUGCUGCACCUAGCCUGUCAACAUCACCAGAACAUCAUCGCACCUCUAUACCAAGCGCGACAAGUUCAUUCGCUGCCUCUGUCCUAGCUCGACCGUUUCAGCUUGCAAGCUCUCCUCCUGGUCGUAAUAGGACUAGUGGAGAGGAAUUGUCCUCUUCAAUACCGUCACAAGGGGGCAUCAAUUGGAGUAAGAGCAAACCUUUCACUCGAAGCGACUCGACCAUUCGUAGGAGCUUCAUGACACAAGGCUUUGGGGACGACUACGAGGGGUCUACGACAGAAGACGACGAGUCUUUACCACCACGAUCUCGAGUCAAGAUCAGUCUGAAGAAUCAAGACAUGUUUGAUGACGAAGGAUGUCCAAGCGUGGCUUUCCUCGACCCUAGUCAGUCAAUCAAGUUUGCUGUGUAUCGAGCAGUAUAUGCAAACAUGCUAAAUGCAUGGGGACUCCAGAUGCAACAGAACGAAGUAGACAAACUGGAUGGACUGUUGUCGAACAUUCUCACACGAACAAGAUCUAGAGAUCGCGGUUCGCAAUCCACUCUCACUCUCGGAGAGGUCGAGGAAGACGACGAGGCGGCGGAUGGUUUGGGCCCGCAGAUCAUUCGAUGCUGCAUGUCUUGCGGUGAGGUUGAAAGUCCAGAGCGUCGCGGCGCAGAUCGUAAAUGUGUCAGGUGCGGCGGACGAUCGCAUAUGCUCUCCUGCACCAUCUGCUACCAACCCAUCGCGGGUCUUUACAAAGUGUGCCUUGCAUGCGGUCACUCGGCGCAUACCUCUUGUCUUGCUGUUCUUCUCGAAUCACUCGCCGAAGACGAAAAGCCAGAAUGUGAAGCAGGCUGUGGAUGUAUUUGUGACGAGAACUCGGCGGUAGGAGGCGAAGAGAUGUUCGGCCUGGCCAAGCCUACAACGUUCGAGCAGGAAGUCACAAAAGAGACGGGCUUCCGGAUGUUGCAGCCUGUAGGCAACAGCACGAUCUUGCAUCGACGAGGCAGCAUCGUAGAGGCUAGGCAGUCGGGCAGGUCACGAGAGAAGACACAGCAGCAACCAAACAAUGGUCUUCGCCGUAUGAGAACGAGGUCAGUCGGACACUAA